UCAAGACGUGCAAUAGAGUCACGAUGACCAGCGAAUGCAGUUUAGCCACGACUAUGGCUGUGUCCGGCAUCUAGCUAGUUAACGUUAGCUUACAAACAUGUGUUAUUCAAUGGUGGUGCAGUUAGCCACGCUAGCUAGCUAGCCGUUCAUUGUCAUGCGUUUUAGAAAUGGUACAUUUUGUCAUGCUAAAAGCUAGUGAUUGAAUGGAUAUUACCAGGUGCUCGGACAAAUGGAUAAAACAAGAAAAGGAGAGACCCCUGUCUUCCUCCAUGAUGCUGUCGUCCAGUAAGAAGUCGGACCCCGGCUCCUCGUCUUCCUCUUCCUCCUCCUCCGCGCCGGGGGGUGCCGGGCCGGAUCGGGCCCCCGAGGCCCCGCCCUCGGUCCAGCCGGGCGGGGCCCCCGGCUCCGUCCCCCCUCCCUCGGAGGGCGGGGUCCCCAUCGACCGCUCCCUGAAGAAGAAGGAGCGCGCCUCCCCCAGCGGGGAGCCGGGGGGGCCCCCUCUGCCUCACCCCCACCCCCCGGGGCCGGGGGGGCUGGACGCGGACACCGCCGAGGUCCGGCGCACCAGCCGCCGCAAGAGAGCGAAACAGGUGGAGUACCGCGAGAUGGAUGAGAGCCUUGCCAAUCUGUCGGAGGACGAGUACUACUCGGAGGAGGAGAGGAACGCCAAGGCGGAGAAGGAGAGGAAGCAGGUCCCCCCGCCCCCCGCCCCGCCCGUGGAGGAGGAGAACGACAGCGAGCCGGAGGAGCCCUCGGGGGUAGAGGGCGCGGCCUUCCAGAGCCGCCUCCCCCAUGACCGUAUGACCUCACAGGAGGCAGCCUGCUUCCCUGACAUCAUCAGCGGCCCCCAGCAAACCCAAAAAGUGUUCCUGUACAUCCGCAACCGCACGCUCCAGCUCUGGCUCGAUAACCCCAAAGUCCAGCUCACCUUCGAGGCCACAGCCCAGCAACUGGAGAGCCCCUACAACAGUGACGCAGUCCUGGUCCACAGGAUACACAGUUACCUGGAGAGGCACGGCCUCAUCAACUUCGGCGUCUACAAGAGAGUCAAGCCCUUACCCACGAAGAAGACGGGGAAGGUGAUCAUCAUUGGAGGGGGGGUUUCUGGAUUGGCUGCCGCUCGGCAGUUGCAGAGCUUUGGGAUGGAUGUGACCGUGCUGGAGGCCAGGGACCGUGUGGGAGGCAGGGUGGCCACCUUCCGGAAGGGGAACUAUGUAGCAGACCUGGGUGCCAUGGUGGUGACUGGACUGGGUGGAAACCCCAUGGCGGUGGUCAGUAAGCAGGUGAACAUGGAGCUGGCCAAAAUCAAACAGAAGUGCCCUCUGUACGAGGCCAACGGACAAGCUGGUGAACGGUGUACAAGUGUGCCCAAGGAGAAGGACGAGAUGGUGGAGCAGGAGUUCAACCGGCUCCUGGAGGCCACGUCGUACCUGAGCCACCAACUCGACUUCAACUUCCUCAACAACAAGCCUGUGUCUCUGGGUCAGGCCCUGGAGGUCGUGAUUCAGCUGCAGGAGAAGCACGUGAAGGACGAGCAGAUUGAACACUGGAAGAAGAUCGUAAAAACCCAGGAGGACCUGAAGGAGCUGCUCAACAAGAUGGUGGGCACUAAGGAGCGGGUGAAGGAGCUGCAUCAGCAGUAUAAGGAGGCCAGUGAGGUGAAGCCGCCCAGGGACAUAACCGCAGAGUUCCUGGUCAAGAGCAAACACCGGGACCUGACCGCUCUGUGCAAGGAGUACGAUGAGCUGGCGGAGACACAGGUGAAGCUGGAGGAGAAACUCCAGGAGCUGGAGGCCAACCCACCCAGUGACGUGUACCUGUCGUCGAGGGACCGGCAGAUCCUGGACUGGCACUUUGCCAACCUGGAGUUCGCCAACGCCACGCCCCUCUCUACCCUGUCACUGAAGCACUGGGACCAGGAUGAUGAUUUUGAGUUCACAGGGAGUCACCUGACGGUGAGGAAUGGUUACUCCUGUGUCCCUGUAGCUCUGGCUGAGGGGCUGGACAUCAAACUCAACACCGCAGUGCGACAAGUGCGCUACACCGCCUCCGGCUGUGAGGUGAUAGCGGUGAACACGCGCAGCACCACGCAGACGUUCAUAUAUAAGUGUGAUGCGGUGCUGUGCACUCUGCCGCUGGGCGUGAUGAAGCAGCAGCCCCCCGCCGUGCAGUUUGUGCCCCCCCUGCCCGAGUGGAAGACCUCGGCCAUCCAGAGGAUGGGCUUCGGCAACCUCAACAAGGUGGUGCUGUGCUUCGACCGGGUGUUCUGGGACCCCAGUGUGAACCUGUUCGGGCACGUGGGCAGCACCACAGCCAGCCGGGGCGAGCUCUUCCUCUUCUGGAACCUGUACAAGGCUCCCAUCCUAUUGGCUCUGAUGGCGGGGGAGGCGGCCGGGAUCAUGGAGAACAUCAGCGAUGAUGUCAUCGUAGGACGCUGCCUCGCCAUUCUCAAGGGCAUCUUCGGAAGCAGUGCUGUGCCCCAGCCCAAGGAAACCGUGGUAACGCGCUGGCGGGCGGACCCCUGGGCUCGCGGCUCAUACUCCUAUGUGGCGGCUGGUUCCUCCGGCAACGACUACGACCUGAUGGCUCAGCCAAUCACGCCCGGGCCAGCCAUUCCCGGGGCCUCGCAGCCCGUUCCCCGGCUCUUCUUCGCGGGCGAGCACACGAUCCGGAACUAUCCCGCCACCGUCCACGGCGCCCUGCUGAGCGGCCUGAGGGAGGCGGGCCGAAUCGCGGAUCAGUUCCUGGGCGCCAUGUACACCCUGCCCCGCCAGGCCACGCCCGCCGCCAACCCCCAGCCCUCCCCCAGCCUCUAGACCCCGCCUCCUUCUUCCAGGCCACGCCCCCAGCUUGUGAACCCCGCCUCUUUCUACCAGGCCACUCCCCCAGCCUGUGAACCCCGCCUCUUUCUCCCAGGCCACUCCCCCAGCCUCUAGACCCUGCCUCCUUCCGCCAGGCCACUCCCCCAGUCUCUCGUGGCCUGGUCUCCAGAAACGCCCCCCCCCCCCUCCCUCCAGAGACACUCACACUGGCAUUACGGGUGGGGCCCUGCCCCACCACACGAACACUGACACCUUCCUGCUUCCAGCGCCCUCCGGCGGUUCCGGCGUAAUCCGGUUCUGAACACGGGACGGACGCCUCGUCCCGCCCUCCUCUCCUCCACCUCCCCGUCUUCUCGCUUCUUCCCGUUUCAUCGCUUUGCGUUUCAGCGAAAGGUUUUUUUUCGCGGCUGUAGGCCCCAAAACCCCCUCUGAUCUCCUGGUUGAACCAUAGACUGUUAAUAAUAUGUAGGUCGCACACGGGUUCCAGCGCCCCCCUGCUGGUCUGAGCUGGAAUCUGUGUGAGGCUUUGUUUAUAUAUAUUUUUUGUUUGUUUUAGAAGUAAAAAAAAUGUGAACAGCAGUUACUCUCCUGUCCGAGUGUGAGAGAGGAACAUAAUUAUGAUUUAAAAUAUAUUUUCUUGUCCUCCAUUGCUGGUGGAGUUUAAAGCGCUCCACUUUUUUUUUGUCAUUGCAUAAUUUUUAUACUUUGUGAAACUUUGGGUACAAAAUAAAAAGAAAAAGAAAAAAAACAUA